AUGCUGCUAACAAGCAUCAGUGAUCCCCAGGUCUACUCUAUUAUUUGCUAUGUAAUAGCAGGAUUCUCACUCCCUAUUCACUUAUUUGGAGGUUUUUGUAUAUUAUUUAAAACUCCAGAAAUUAUGCAUUCAACUAAAUGGGCCCUAUUCAAUUUACACGUUUGGUCUUCCAUCUUGGACCUAUCCCUAAGCCUAUUCGCCCAGCCAUUCUUCUGUACUCCGACAUUUUCUGGGCUUUCUCUAGGAGUGCUGAAAUGGGUUGGAAUACCUACGGAGGUGCUGGUUUUGGUGAUCUCGACAAUUUUUAUGCUGGUACCUAUCUCAAUAAUCUUAAUGUUCGAAAACCGCUACUUCAUCCUUUUUGUCAGGAACGAUUCCUGGCGAUAUCUUCGUUACCCAUUUCUAAUAAUCAACUACAUUAUUGGAAUAACUGUUUGCAUUCCGGCCUACUUGAACAUCCCGAAGGAUCAGAAUAGUGUUCGGCGUAUCUUAUUCGAUAUGUACCCACAGGCAUGUGAACAGGUUACCGACAAGUCAAAGAUACUUGUGAUGAGUCUGGUUGAUAAUACAUCAGCGGUGCAAAAUUCUCUUACAUUAAUAGUAUUGAUCGAGAUUAUAGUAUUUGCUGUUUUGUUAAGAGUGAAAAUUAACAAAGCCAUCAAGAAUAUUCAUUCAUCAGUUUCUCGAGAUACCUUGAAGAAGCAAAAAAGGUUUAUGAACGCUUUAAAGAUACAGAUCGCUAUACCCAUUGCUAUCAUCUUCUUCCCAGCAGCCGGUGGAGCUAUUCUAGCAUCCCAGAGCUCCAGUCAACAAGGCGUGGAUAAUCUGUUAAACCUUAUUACAUCAGUUCACGGAGUACUAUCCACUAUACUAAUGGUUUAUUUGCAAAAACCGUAUCGAGAAGUGUUUCGAUCAAUGUUUUGUGGUUGGAGGAAGCAAGUAGAGAUGAAAAGUCCAAGGAUAUUUUCGGCGUCAAGGCAUUAA